AAUAAUGCUGCAUUAUCAGGUAAAGUUGACUCGUCCAGUUGUAUAGAGAAAUGGGUCUAUUGUUGCUUAAGGGAAUUCUUUUAAUGAUAUCAGAUGCAGGUUUGUGUAAAACAGUUUUUAAAACCUCUUCAACGGCUGGCAAAAUUAACUUCUCUCCGAUAGUAUGCGGUUUUCCGGAUUUUGCUAUAAGUAACGAUAUAUUGUAAGACGCCCGCAAACCAUCAUCAUUUCUUUGUGACGUCGAAGCGUA